AUGAGCCUCAGUCGAGACUUCCAGUUUGACCCCUUCCCAGAGGAGGGCCAAAAUUUAGACAGUCAAGAUGCUUCUCUGCCUGAUGUUGGCUGGUCCAAUACCGUUAAAUUCCUUACCGCCAUGGGAGGUCCAAUGCCCGACCUUCCUUCUCCGGCCAAGGUUCGACGACAGGCUGGAGAAUACUCGACCAAGAUCUAUGCAAGUCACCAUCUCCUAAAGCAAAUUCUGGAGAGGCAUGAGUCCAAGAUUCAGAAAAGGUGGACCAAGAAGACUCGGCAGCAGAGACUUCAAAUUCUCCUCAAAGCGUGGCCGGCAAUGCCUGCCUCUCAUCGUCCUGAUUUCGAGGCCUUUCGCAGAGAAUCAAAGCAAGUACGAGAGAGAGGCUCAAAAUAUAAGGACCACUACAUGUGGCCCUACGUCAACCAGGAGGACUUAUCACAUCCUAAGCUUAUGCUCUUGCUGCUGAAUGCUAGAGGCCGUCAUCCACCUCCGGCCUUUGCGGCGGCUGAUAACGACGCAAUGCAUCUAGGCAAAGUGACAAAGGCACUAGUUCCUAUCUUCCUUAACCUUCACACGAUGGUAUUGCAUGGUGCCACCACGCCUGAGGAAUAUGGAAAGCUUCUUGAUUGGGAUUCGCACCCGGAUGCCUUUGACUGGAUGCACACACGCAAACAAUUUCUCCCUGGGGAGGGCCUUCUUAUUCUCGAGGCACAGGCUCGCUUGAUGCCCUUCCUCGUUAACUUUUGUCACGAAGUCCUCCACGACAUCUCCGCCGACGACAUCGCCAAUAGCGCGUAUGGCAUCCAGCCUGAGCCAUUUCUGAAGACGGACAGCGACGCUUCCGGCUUCGUAUCAUUGACAACAAUGGCGGCGGAAGCGCCUUACAGGCUACCGGUAAGACUUGAUCUCGAACGACUCACGUCUCUUCUCCAAGCCCAGAUUUCAGCAGCAGAAGAUCACGUGUGGGCACUUCGUGAGGAUCUUGCCUAUUUUGCUGACCAUUUCUGCGAGAUCAAAGAUCACCGACAAGAAAUGUUGCCUGAUACCAGGGGACUUCCACAUCCUGCAACCCACAGGCUGCGGGAGAAUAGUCUAUGGGCCCGGGUAACCUUUGGUAUGCUUUCAGAUGCUUAUGCGAAUCUGGAGUCCCUCACUGAGCUUCAUCGGCAAGUCAAAAACCUGAGCAUGCUACAGCAGAAGCUUCACAAGGAAAUACUACCCAACAAGGACUUACCGAAGGAGUACUUUGUUCCACUACUCCGCUUCAAGUACUUCUUGGAGCAAACGGCAAAGGGGCCCUUGAACAAGCUUAAAGUAGCUGUUCCAGCAUCUCCACCAAUGCGGAAAUUCUUCGUCCGUGAGCCGCCUGUUGAUUCUGACUCGACAAAGAUAUUCGUAAGGAGGCGCCCGGGAUUCAAAAUGGAAAAAGUAGAACAGCAAUUGAUUUGGUUGUUACGAACACUGUGGGAAGAUGAUUAUACCCUCUUUCUCGUUCGCGUGCCUAACGUCGUCGAUGAGUUAGAGCGACUGCUACAGGCGGAGCCUAAGGCGGACGCCCGCAUAUCGGCCCACGUAGCCAAGAUAAUCGGUGACCUAGCCAUUGUCACACAGAGUCUCAAGCAACUCGAGCUCUAUCAGCCAUGGGCUCAACAGUUCGAGAUGGCUUCGGCUGAUCACGUGGAAGAUUUCAAAGAGCAGUACACCGCGUUACAGAAACCCGUGGCACAGCUUCACGCUGGAUUCUUACAGAAGGGCCUGGAUAACGCCGCUAGACUCGCGGAGCCUUCAGGUGGCAAAUUUACUUACCCAUAUAGCAAACGUCGGACAAAAGAGACGGUAGACGCUUUGCGACAGGCCGAGUCGAAUUUGGAUAUGUUCUGGGCCAAGGUUGACGACGUAACAAAAGCUAGAGUCACAAAUUUUGAAGAUACAGCUCUUUUUCGCCUUCUUUCUCAACCGCGCAUCUUGAGAAGGACCGCAGAAUGGGUUGAACCUACAAAAGCAAAAGAAAAAACUGAGCCUGCCCUGGACCAAGAUCUUUGGGCCCUUAACCGUCCACUUUCAAAUCUGUUCCUGGACCAACCUGCACAAAUGCCUCAGAGAUUCAAUGCCCAUGACUUUCAGUCCAAGGUCAAGACCAAGGGUGACCCUUCUAGAAUGCCCAACAACAACGAUAACGUGGAACCAUCUGAUGCCACAAAACCCGAGAUUCUCGACGCUCAGCCAAUAUUCUUCGUCGACGCUCGAGCAUUGAAGGUGUUUCGCACUUUGUUCUUCAACCCCGAGGUAACAUCGACGCCUGGCUCCAUUCCAUGGGGCGACUUCCUCCAUGCAAUGGCCUCUACAGGUUUCAAGAUCGAGAAGCUCUAUGGCUCUGUCUGGCAGUUUUCGCCUACUAUUUUAGGCAUUGAGCGAGGGAUUCACUUCCAUGAGCCCCACCCAAAAGGCAAGAUUCCUUUCGAAGUCGCUCGACGGCACGGACGAAGAUUGACACGGGCUUAUGGCUGGUUCGGGGGCAUGUUUGUACUCAAGGAGAAACAAUAA